AUGACUUUGUGCAUAAGAUAUGUAGACAUUGAUGUUUUUAAAAUUAAAGAAAUGUUUGUUGGUUUUGUUGAAGCCAAUGAAGUAACUGGUGAAAAGCUCACAGCUCUUAUUGUAGACAAACUUCAAGAACUUAGUCCUCAUGUCGAACUUCAAGAAUGCUACGUUAUGGCAAAUUCUUUAGUCAAGUUACUCCAAAAAUAUCGGUCCGACAAUGAAUUUUACGACAGAAUUUUUGAUGCAGCCACAAAAGUGGCAACACAGCAUGAUAUUACGACAGAAGCUCCCCGAAAUGUGAGAACUCAAAUUUAUCGACCUAAUGCUCAAUCCUCUUGUCCCCGUGACUAUUAUAGAAUAAAUGUGUUCAUCCCAUUUCUUGAUACACUCAUUAAUCAAAUGAAUACAAGAUUUUCAUCAACUAACAUUGAUCUCGCGAAACUUUUUAGCCUCAUUCCAGCAUUUGUAAAACCAGCUAAAUAUGACGAGGAGAUUGUAAAUGUUGCAGAAAGAUACUGUCAAGAACCUAGUGCAUUUCAAUUAUACAAUGAAAUAGCGAUGUGGCGUGAGCAUUGGACCCAGCAGAAAGAGAAACCUCCGUCUAAAGCAAUCGAUGCUCUCUGCGAUUCUUCAGCUCGAUUUUACCCAAAUAUUAGGAAAUUGUUACACUUACUCUGUAUCUUGCCAGUUACUUCAUGUACAGGAGAAAGAAGUUUUUCAUCUUUGAAAUUGAUUAAAACCUACCUACGGUCAACUAUGCGAGAAAACAGGCUUAACGGUCUUGCCCUGAUGAAUAUUCACAAGAACGUUAUUGACAUCGAUCCUUCCGAGGUAAUAGACAUGUUUGCUCAAAAGCACCCGAGACGUCUGGAGUUCCUCUACAUUGACAAAGAAUAA